GCGAACGUUUCGGAGCUCUCGUCCGCUUCCUCAGUUUUAUGAUAAUCGUUGUAAGGUGUGGAUGUACGAUAUAAAAAGGCGGACGAGGAGAGAGAGAGAGAGGGAGAGAAAAAGCAUCCGAUAGGCGCGCGAGACGAGAGUCGGAGGAAAAGGCCGAGGAGAGAGAUAUAUCGAGAGAAAUAAGUGACUCGAUUCGAUCGAUCGUAGAAUUUUUUCGGCGAAAGACUCGGUGGACUUUAUGUGUUCGGUCAGGUGACAGGAAGGAAGCCGCGAGAGAGGUAAGGUGCCGUGUCGCUACAAGGAUCGGAGGUUCCUCCGGAGGCUCUCGCAAGGCGAGAAGGAGAAAACGCGAGGCGGAGGAAGAGGACGCGAGGAAAGGACGCGAGAGAAGAGAGAAAGAGAAAAGAACAGAUCUGCAUCAAGAUGACGAGCAUCGUGGCGGAUUUGAUUCAUGGCUACAGGGAUCUCAUGGAUAAUAAGUCCGAUCCUAGGGUAAACGACUGGGUGAUGAUGAGCAGUCCCUUCCCAACGAUGGCGAUAUGCCUGUUUUACGCAUACUUUAGUAAAGUAAUAGGACCGAAGUUGAUGGAAAACAAAAAACCGUUCAAUCUUCGACGUCUCCUAAUCGUUUACAAUCUCGUACAGACCCUCUUUUCCACAUGGAUCUUCUACGAGUAUCUGAUGAGUGGUUGGGCGAGAGGAUACAGCUUUCGUUGUCAGCCAGUCGACUACUCGACCAGUCCGUUAGCGCUCAGGAUGGCGAACACAUGUUGGUGGUAUUACUUCAGCAAAUUCACCGAAUUCUUCGAUACGCUGUUCUUUAUCCUGAGAAAAAAGAAUCAGCACGUGUCCACCCUUCACGUGAUACACCACGGCGUGAUGCCCUUUUCCGUAUGGAUGGGUAUGAAGUUCGCGCCGGGUGGUCAUAGUACCUUCUUCGCUCUGUUGAACACCUUCGUCCACAUAAUCAUGUAUUUCUACUACAUGGUCGCGGCGAUGGGCCCGCAAUAUCAAAAGUACAUAUGGUGGAAAAAGUACCUCACUACGCUACAAAUGGUGCAGUUUGUAUUGAUCAUGGUGCACCAGUUUCAGUUGCUCUUCACAGAUUGCGACUAUCCUCGAAGCUUCAUGAUCUGGAUAAGUCUCCAUGGUUUUCUCUUCUUUGGUCUUUUCUCGGACUUUUAUAAAACGAAAUACACGCUUGGGAAAUCGAGGAGUCGUCGUAGCAUGGCAAACGGCACGAACAACGGUGCGUGCAUGCCCGUCCUCAACGAUUAUCCGACGAAACCAAAGCAAAACGGUAUAUCGACGUACGCGACCAUCUACAACAAGGAGUACAACAGUUGUUACAGCAAUGGCACCAACAACGGCUACGUGGCGAACAACAACACCGAAAAGAAGCUGGCUUAGGGCCGUGCCACCAUCUCGAAGAAAGUUCAAAGACUUGCUUCGAGACGCAAGAGAUCCGCUCGCCUCAUCGAAUUUUACAUUCCGUUAACAGCGAAUAAUUCGCGUUGACGCAACGUAGACGACAGUCGCUGCCAAACGAUCGCACAUUGUCCGCCAAAGACGAGAUAGAGAGACGAAGAAGAAAGUGACGAUUGAGAGUACUUCGAGGGGUGGGUUGGGGUGGGGGUGGGGGGGGGGACAAGUCCUCGUCGAUGGAUUCAUCGAGGAAAAAAUGCACCUUUCUUUUCUUGCUUCAGCUUGAUCCAUCAUUUUCCAUAACAUCGGCGAAACGACUUUUCGCUAGAGAAGGACGUUUCGCGUAACGUUGCUGUGUACGUACCGAGUCUUAUAUAUUUAUGCGACACUUGCCUCGGUGUCGAGAGGGAAGAAGAAAGAAGAUGGCAGAGUAGUUGCGUUAAACUUUUCGUCGAACGGACGAAAGACUCGAUUCUCGAGUAACGAGAGAUACGUAGAGCGGACUUAGAUACGUGUCCGAGAGAGGACGAGCGGAUUCGAGGCGAAACGCGCACAAUUGUAAAAAGAAAAAAAAGAACUAAAAGAAAGAAAAAAAAAGGAAAAAGAAAAUUUGAAAGAAAAGAAGUCACGCCCUUGCUUCGCGUGCGUUUCUUCUUUUUUUCUUCUUUUCGUCUUUUGUAAGCUGCCGUUGCACGUCCAGCUAGCAUAAACGUGUGAUGUUUCAUAUGUGAUUUUAAGGUAUUACGGCUAGUAAAAGGGUUGGGUGGAUGGGUGGGUGGUUGGGUAAGGGGAAUCAUCUUUGAAAACUCGCACGCCAACGCGUUUACGUGUUGCACACACACUUACACGUUCACGUACACUUACACGUAGGACAUAUACAUAUGACAUUAUAUACUAUCAAAGAAAAUCAAUCACUAUCCCGAACUCUACUUCCCGUUUCAUCGUCAUCGGAAUCAUCGUCGUCUUGUCCGCGUCUCUCUAUCGCCCUUAUUGUGUUCAAAGGCUUUGAUGUUGGUCGUAGAGUUAAGCGUUUGCCCUUUGCGUGCGCGCGUGCAUUCGAGAAUCGCGCGAUAGGGUGCUGGUUCUAAGUUACUAUAGCGUUUUUAAUAGCGCGAAUUAGAGGGAGCCGUCGUCUACUUUCAAUGGAAAUUUUCGAUCGUUCGAUGAGGUCGCUGGAAAAGAACAAAUUCGAGUACUGAAUUUACGGAACUGUCGUUCUUCCGUGCCUGCCUGCCUGCCUGCCUGUCUGUCCGUCUGUCUGUCUGUCUGUCCGUCUGUCCGUUGUUUAUGGUACUUUCUCUCUCUUUUUCUUUUUCCUUCUUCGUUCGUACGUGUUCGCAUAUCUCUCCUCGUACCUCUCCACGCGUGCAUCUUCGAAUUUCAACGAAAUCGCGUCGCGUUACUUGCCGCGUAUCUGGGCGAAACGUGUGCAAUCAUUUUUAUUUUUAUUAUUCUAUUUUUUCUUUUUCUUAAAUGUUUUUUAUUAUACGUUUGCACGUGUGUACGCGUAUAAAUAUAAAAGCGCGAAACGUGAUCGGAGAGAAGCUCCGAUAAGGAUCGACGAACUUUAUACCUUUCACGUUUUAUCCGAUUAUCGCGAGAAAAUGAGCGAGGAAUUGAUAUAUUCGAUUGGAAUUUGUCGAUCGUAUCUUUUCCUAAGGUAAUACGUACGUAUGGUAAAUAGAGGAGAAAGAAAAAAGGGAACUUUUAUAAAUGAUAAAUUUGUACUAAAAUCAUUGGCGUUUGUACAUUCUCUAUAUCGAUGAACGUUUUAUUCGUAAAUGGUCAAAAAUUGAAAGUUGAAUAAAUAUUCGACGACUGGAGGUUCGAAUGAUUUAGUAUACAUGUGUAUAACGUAUACCUUGAUCGCUUUUCCAUUUUUUCUUUUUCCUCUCCACGAUCUUUCAUUACGGUCGAUGGUUCGAUGCAUAAUUCGACGUCGCCGAUUAAAAUUCGCCGAUUACUUCAGCAUAUUCAAUACCUUCCUUUUUAUGUCUUGACCGCAAAGUGAAUGCACUUGUCCUCUUUUCGUCGCACAAGCGUACAGGCAUACGCGAACCAUUCACGAGAAAGAAAAAAAAACGGAACAUGAUUCGACCACUUGAACUGUCGACUUGGAAUAUAAACUAAUACGUGUGUCAGCGAUUUCUUUUCGGAAGCUUUUUGUAAAUUCGACGUGUUAAAAGCGAGCGAGCGAGCGAGCGAGAGAGAGAGAGAGAGAGAGAGAGAGAGAGAGAGAGAGAGAGAGAAGAGUGGACGGAAAAAGAGAAACGAAAGCGAACGAAAAGCGAAAAAGUAGACAAAGGUUGAGAAAAUUAAGGCGCUUCUUUUCUUCCUUCAAACCGUAAGAAGCGAAGGGGUCGCGUGUACCCUUUGAACGUUGGAAAAAUAAAAAAAGUGUCGAGAUUACAAAGAUUACUUUUCGAUGGCGUAUUCGCGCGAGAAAGUACGAAUGGUUUAACGAGCGAGACUAAUCGAAAAAGGAGCUAGACGUAUCGAUAGGCACAAAUGGAAUUUAUUUUUCGCGGAAUCGCGAAACGAUCGCGUCGAAAGGUGUUGGCGCCCUUUGUGUUCUUAUCCCAGCUAAUAAAAAAAUAAACGAAGAAAUGUACUAAAGGAUAAUGCGCGCGGAAGGGCAGACUCGACUCUGUAUCGAUGUAAAGGGAAGGACCGAUAUCUUUGUACAUAAAAAAGGAAAACAAAAGAUACGAGUACGGUAUACGUAUAAAAACGAUUAUAACGAAACUUUAGAAUCGAUCGAUGAUAAAGAGAAUCGUUUAAAGGAGAAAUAAAUAAUAUCGGCGAUCGAUCGUCCUUGGCAACCGUCGAGAACGACGGACCGCUCGACGAGAUAAGACCAGGAAGGACGGUUGCAUGCGUCUAUCUAUUGUCGCGUACCUAAUGUUAUAAUAAUACGAACUCUGUAACCGUUAUCGAUUCUCAUUAUAUUUUUGUACAUAAUUGGGGAGAAUUGCUCGAGAAUAAAACGAGAUUGAAGAAACGA